AUGCGGGACCGGCUGCCGGAGCUCCGGCAACGCGUGGCGGCCGAAGGGGACGCGACCGAGGAACCCCCGAGCUUCGACAACGCGGCCUUCGGGGGGGACCACGACGACGGCGGCCCCGUAGGGCGGGCGCUGCGGGAGGCUGCGGAGCUGUGGCGGGUGCUGGAGGGGUUGGAGCAGCUCUCGGAGAGGAUCGACAGAGCGCAGCAGACGGUGCUGUGCUGCACCUCCCCGGACGGCAUCGCCCGGGAGAAGCGGGGCCUCGGGGCCGCCAAAGCCGCCUUCACCCGGCAGGCGGUCGCCCUGCAGCUCCGUUUGGUGGCCCUGCCCGCCCCACCGGAGAUGGGGACGAGCCGAGCGGGUCCCCGCGUCCGCCAGACCCAACUCUGGCUGCUGCUGCGGCGGUACCGGACCCUCCUGGCCCGUCACUACGCCCGGGAGAACCGGUACCGGCAGCGGCUGAUGGAGCAGAUGGAGAGGCAGCUGGAGCUGGCGGGCGUCGAGCUGCGGGCGGAGGAACGGGAGCGUCUGGCCCAGAGCCCCGGGACGCUCCGCAUCGUCGGCAGGGACCUGGAGGAGCUGAAAGCGGAGCAGCAGCACAUGGAGGCGGCCCGAGCCCGGCAGCAGCAGCUCCUGGAGCUGGAAAUGCAGAUGGAGGAGCUGCACGGGCUGUUCCUGCGGCUGGAGGGCUUGGUGGGCGAGCACCACGGGGCGGCAGACAGCGUGGAGCAGCACGUCCUGAGAACCCUCGACUACGUGGCCCAGACGGGCGGGGAGGUGAAGAAAGCCUCGAAAUACCAGCGGCCGUCGAGGCUCUCGGCUCUGCUGGCGGCUGCCCUGGGGCUCUGCCCCUGCUGCUCCUGCCUGCCCUGCCUCGGGUCUGCCCUCCCCUGA